AUGGCGGAAGGCGGCCCGCCAGCUCCCGCUCUUGGUGCCUCCGCCGCCCCUGCACCAGACCUGAUUGGUCUGGAUAUCUGGCCCGCCUCUAUAGCCCUUUGUCGCUACGUGGCAGCCCACCCGCAGCUGGUAGCCAGCCCUGGGCAGCACGUGCUGGAGCUGGGGGCAGGCAUGGGCCUGGUGGGCCUGCUGUGCACCAAGCUGGGUGCCGCCUCGGUGCUGCUCUCAGACUAUGAGCCAGCCGUGCUGGCCCACUUAGGCAGCAACGUAGCCCUGAACAGCCUGCAGCCGCGCUGCCGCACCCAGCAGCUCGACUUCCGCCACCCGGGGGCGGGCCUGCGGCCAGACCAGCAGCGCACCUGGCGGCUGGCGGUGGCGGCGGAUGUGUUGUACUGCGAGGCCAUCGUGCCUCACUUCAUCGCCACGCUCAAGCUGGCGCUGCAUGCGCAAGGCGUGGCGCUGGUGGGGCAUCAGGUGCGGCGGGCGGUGGUGCUGGACCCAGCCACCCGCCUGCCGCGGCUCGAAGAAUCGGAUGGGCCGCUGGACGCCUUCAUGCGGGAUGUGGCAGGCGAGGGCCUGCAGCUGCGGGUGCUGAGCAGGAGGGCCACAUGCAGCAACGUGGAUAGCGAUCCCAUGGUGCUGCUGGCGGUGGGCGGCCAGGCGGCAGUGCUGGCAGGCCUGCCAGGCGCCUGA